AUGCAGCUCAAGUUCCCCUCGUGUCUGAGCUGGUACAAAAAGCCCGAGUACCGCGACAUCAAGGAGUAUGCCACCAACAUCAGCUCGGGCAAGCGCACCCUGAGCCCCGAUGGCCGCAAUGGAGGCAUCCCCAGCCGCCUGCGGCUUGAGCGCAUCCUGGCGAACAAGACAUGUCCCCCGAUGUCCCUGUAUGACUUCUACAUGUACCUCAAGCACAUUGAGUACUCGGAGGAGAACCUCGAAUUCUACAUCUGGUUCAAAAACUACGAAGCCGCCUACGCGAAAGGGUUGACCAUCGACAACAAGGACUACCGUUUCAUCCCGAGCGCCUCCCAGUCCACCUCGUCCGUGGCGCACAUCAAGCUGGGGGACAGCCUCACUUCACUCGAGCAGCCCGAGUCCGAGGACGACGAGGAAGACAGCGCGGAAGCAAAGGAAACACUGGAUCGCAUCUCCCAGAUGAUCUCUACCACUGCCCUCUGCGCCUCCAAGUCUGGCACUUGUGCCAUCCCAGCCCCCAUCCACACCACCUCCCCGAGCAAGCCCAGUUCCAAACAAUCCCCUUCAACUCCCGCCGACCCGCCCCUCGCCUCCGAAAUCACCACAAUCAUCAACCUCUUCCUCCUCCCGUCCUCCCCAAAAGAACUCAACAUCCCGCCGGCGCUGCGCGCCCAAGCGCUCGCCGACGUGCGGCGCUCGACCUCGCCAACGACCGGCCUGCCGUCGCCGGACGCGCUGCGCCCCGUGGCCGAGCACGCCUACUCGCUGCUGCGCAACUGCUCGCACCGCAACUUCGUCCGCCUCGGCGUCGGCAACGGCACCUUCGAGACCGUCUGCGUCGCCACCGUGCUCGGCGCCGCCAGCCUGCUCGCCGGCUUCCUGCUCGCGCUGUGCCGCGCCCUGGCGUCCCCCGCCCGCGGCGCCCGCUCCCGCUGGGAGGCCUGGGCCGCCUGGCCGCUGUGGUGGCUUGGCAUGAGCCUUGUGCUGAGCGGCCUGCGCGGCAGCUGCUUCUUUUUGCUGCUCUUCUCGCGCAGGCAGCGGCUGCCGUGGGAGAGGUUUGAUGAUGACGAGAACAGGUGGCUUGGUGCCGGCGGGUUCAGCUUGGUCAGGUCGGUGAAGCGGCUGAUGAUCUUUGAUCGGCGGCUUAAGGUGCAGGAGCGCCAUCUGAGGAGGCUGCAGCGGAAGAUCGUGCUGCAGAGCCUGGCCGGUGGGAGUGUGUUCGCGACGCUGUGUGUUGCGUUGUUUAUUGUGCUUCCGGUCUGGAGGGAGACGGUGUAG